GGUGCCGAGCCCGCGCCGCACAUGACAAGUGUCACCGUGAUACGGCUCCGCAGCCUUCAGGCCUCCCUGAAAACUCUGAAAAAUCAGAUAAAAGUGCAUUCCGGGCGGUUGCGCGAUAAACGAUUGCUUAGUGUUGUGUAUCGCAGUGGACACGCUACGUGUGAAUCGUGACUGACCCUUUGUGUUGUCACGGCGCGAGUGCCGUGGGGUGAUGCGCCGGCGGCGCUAAGGUAUGAGCGCGGCGCGCGCGCUCGAGCCCCGCGACCGCGACCCACCGCGCCACCCUCACCGUUCUCACCCCCACCAGGGCGGGGGCGGUGGCGAGAGGCGCGCGGGGCGCGGCAAGCGGCCCUCCGGCAGCUCCUCCGCGUCGGGCUCUCUCGGCCGGGGGGCCCUCUCCGACCCUGACCUCCAGAGCCGGCUGCAGCCAAAUCUCACAGCUUUCUGGGAAUCCUCGCCUACAUUGACGCUAAUAUCGUCGAAGGGCUCAGCAGAUUCCAACUACUCUCAACCAUCAUCGGAACUGUCGCUCGACGAAGACAAGGAGGCGCUGCGCCGCGAGAAAGAAGCGCAGGCACUCUCACAGCUCGACAAAGCACGGUCGAAGCCCGUCGCGUUCGCAGUUCGCACAAAUGUGUCCUACGAUGGCACGAUCGACGACGAUUCGCCCGUGCACGGCAGCGCUAUCUCCUUCGAAGUGCGGGACUUCCUGCACAUCAAGGAGAAGUACGACAACAAUUGGUGGAUUGGGCGUCUCGUGAAAGAGGGCUGCGACAUCGGCUUCAUCCCGUCGCCGGUGAAGCUGGAAACGGUGCGGGCAGGGCUCGCGGCCCGGGGACGGUACCCGCGGCCGGCCUCCGCCGCCAACCUCGCGACCGCACCGCCCCCCCUCCCCAGCCGAGGUAGCACACCCCCCACGCCCGGUGAGGACUCCGAUUCGGCAGGGCGGGGCCGAGGAGCGGGUGCGCUGCCCGCUGGCAAGGACAAGCGGAAGCCGUUCUUCAAGAAGCAGGAAGCGUGCACCCCCUACGAUGUGGUGCCAUCCAUGCGGCCCGUCGUCCUCGUCGGACCCUCGCUCAAGGGCUACGAAGUUACGGAUAUGAUGCAGAAGGCGCUGUUCGACUUUCUAAAGAGAAGAUUUGAGGGCAGGAUAAUAAUAACACGCGUGAUGGCGGAUAUAUCGCUAGCGAAGCGUUCUCUGCUCAACAAUCCGUCAAAAAGAGCGAUAAUGGAACGAUCCAACUCGCGUUCCACGUGCCUCGCUGAAGUCCAGGCUGAAAUAGAACGGAUAUUCGACUUGGCAAGGACCCUACAAUUGGUAGUGUUAGAUUGCGACACGAUAAAUCAUCCCUCGCAAUUAGCCAAGACGUCCCUGGCGCCUACUAUUGUAUAUUUGAAGAUAUCUAGUCCAAAGGUGUUACAGCGAUUGAUCAAAUCUCGCGGCAAGGGGCAGAGCAAAAACCUGUCGGUGCAGAUGGUGGCCGCGGAGAAGCUGUCGCAGUGCCCCUCCGACAUGUUCGACGUGAUCCUCGAGGAGAAUCAGCUCGAGGACGCCUGUGAACACAUAGCUGAGUAUUUAGAGACGUACUGGCGCGCGACGCACCCGCCGGCGGCGGCGACGGGCCCGGGCGGCGCGGGCGCGGCGGCCGGGCUGCCCGCGCGCGCCCUGCCGCACGCGCACGCGCACGCGCUGCACCACGCGCACGCGCAGCCUGUACAAGCCUCAGGACAAGCCCACUAACAGCCGAGCGAAGACCAUUAUUCCAGUAUCCCUAUAGCAGACACUCCGCAGAUGGCCCCCCAUCCAGGUUUUAACCAUGUUUCGCGGCUCCCGUCCGCUUAACCAGCUUACUAGCGAUUGAUUGAGGGUGCCGCUUUACUAAUUGUCUCGUUUGAUUUUGCAAAAUAUUUAACCUCAAGCUUCAGGUGGACGUUUUUUUCCUUUAGGAACUCCGUUUCGCUAAGGUCCUUUUCAUCAGUUCUCUGUAAUAACUCGAUCAUCAGCCGAUCUAUUCUACACAUAACAGACAAGAAACACUAAGACGAGCCGCUACAGUAUGCUUUCGCGUCCAGCUUCGCCGGUUCCGGACUGACCGGCUCCGGGGCUCGCUUACAAUAUGCUUCUCCACAGCGACGCCGUCUCCGCCACCCACCGCUGACGUCGUGCUGCCGUGUCCCGGCAAAGUGCACAAUCCCGGCGAGACGCUGCUGCAGAUGUCGCUCAGUCUAGUGUCUUAGAUCUUAAUCGGUAGCCUUUCGAUUACUCGGUCACCGUAAGUCUGGGUGCCCCCGCCCGUCUGCGACCCGCCCGUGUGCCGUUUGCAGUGUGCUCAUCCGCCCCGGCUUCCUCCCACCGAGUUUAUCCCAGAAGUGCAAUUUGGAUGAUACCCCAUUGAGAGAGUCCACGUCUGUUCUCAGACGAUUUCUAACUCGGGUUUCUAGUCAGCUGCAUGUGUUUUUUUGAGUUUUACAACCGGUAGUUCUCGGCCGGGCAACGGAGGUCCGGCUCGGAUCGUACCAUAAUCGUUUCGAUGGUCCGCAGGCGGCAGGCCGCGGGCCGUGCGGCCCGAGCGGCUCGAGGAGGAGUACUACCCGCGCGAGCGGUACCCGCGCUACCCGCGGGAGCCCUACCCGCGCGACUACCACGAGGGCUACGCGGGCGAGUACCCGGCGGGCGGCGAG